AUGUCAUUUCUAAUUCGCCAUAGGCCGUGUUAUCGGUCUACUUCAUUGUUUAACCGGUGUCUUAACCGCUCAACAAACCGUUCCCACUACGGCAAUGUUGCGCCAUCAUCAUCACGGCCGUUUCGGGUUGCGGUCGUCGGAUCUGGACCGGCUGGGUUCUACGCUGCUUAUAGGCUGAUGUCGAAAGUACCGGAAGCUAUCAUAGACAUGUACGAGCAACUCCCAGUGCCAUUCGGACUUGUUCGGUACGGCGUUGCUCCCGAUCACCCCGAAGUCAAGAACUGCCAGGAUAAAUUCACCGAAGUUGCGACAUCGCCGCGUUUCAAUUUUAUUGGCAACGUCGCGCUAGGUAGUGACCUUUCGCUGAGCUCGCUGAAACCGCAUUAUGAUGCCAUCCUCUUCUCCUAUGGAGCUUCAAAAGAUCGUAGGCUAGGGCUUCCAAACGAGCAAACACUUUCGGGGAUAUUUUCUGCCAGAGCGUUUGUUGGCUGGUAUAAUGGGCUGCCAGAGCAUAGGAAUUUGCUGCCCGACCUGGCGAGCGGAGAGGAUGCUGUUGUAAUUGGACAGGGAAAUGUGGCCCUUGACGUCGCAAGAGUGUUGCUAUCCGAUGUGGAUGCUCUACGGAAGACAGACAUGUGCGAACAUGCUCUUGAAGUGCUUGCGAAAAGCAGGGUUAAGAGAGCUGCUUUCACCAUCAAAGAGGCUCGAGAGCUCAUACAGCUGCCUUCAACUGGUUUUGAACCUAUACCCAAACAACUCCUGCCCCCCGACUCAAUCAUAUCCGGGCUUCCAAGAGCCCAGAAACGAAUCAUCCAACUCCUAGCCAAAGGUUCCACUACUACCUUUGAAAAUUCAGCCAAGCAAUGGUCUCUUGACUUUCUCCUUUCUCCUCACUCAUUCCACUCUUCACCCGAAAACGCCGGUCGUCUAUCACAUAUUACAUUCACACGGAACCAACUAGAUCCGGCUGACCCCUAUUCGCCUACCGCGUCUGUUUCUCCAUCUAUAGCAGAGGAUGGAUACAAGUCGUGCCCACUUCCAGGGCUUGAAGAGCUUAAUGUUCCGUUCGAUACUUCUCGUGGCUUAAUACCCAACGAUGGACAGGGGAGGGUUCUAAAUACCGUGUCGUCAUCUGGUGCCAAUGACGGUCUCCCGGCUCACGUCCCUGGUGUGUAUUGUGCAGGAUGGGUCAAGCGUGGCCCCACGGGAGUCAUUGCUUCAACAAUGUCAGAUGCAUUUGCCACUGCAGAUGCCAUUGCGGCAGAUAGGGAGAUACAUCGCGAUCGAGGGAGUGAUAAAAUGAAGUUCCUUAAUUCAAGGGCUGGAGAAGAGAGCACAGGGCUUGGAUGGGACGGUGUUCGUCCUGAGGCUGAGAAGCGCGGUUUGCGACCAACCAGCUGGAAGGACUGGGAGGAGAUAGAUCGAGUAGAGAAAGAGCGUGGGCAGGCCAGGGGCAAGCCUCGAGAGAAGUUUGCUCUGGUCGACGAUAUGCUUAAUGUUUUGGGAUAG